AUGUCAUUCUUCAGAGAUUUAUUAGAAUCAGUUAUACCAACUGCUUAUGCUGAUGAAGUAUGUAACUGAAAACUAAAAAAGGAUGGAGGAAAAGUACUAACAAAUAUAAUAGCCAGUCGAAGAUGAAGAAGCACCAGUUGAAACACCAGAAGAAGCUCCAGAAGUAGAAGUUGAAGAAGAAACAGUUGAAGAACCAGAAGAAGAUGGAGAUGACGAAGACGAAGAAGACGAAGAAGACGAAGAUGAAGAUGAAGAAUCAGAAGAUCCAUUAGAUUCAUUAAGAGAAGAAUGUACCAAAACAAUUGCAUGUAAACCAUUCGAUCAUCAUUUCCAUGAAUGUAUUGAAAGAGUUACUAAAGAAAUGGAAGAACCAGAUUAUGAACAUAAACAUUAUAAAGAAGAUUGUGUUGAAGAAUAUUUCCAUUUACAACAUUGUGUUAAUGAUUGUGUAGCACCAAGAUUAUUUAAUAAAUUGAAAUAG